GCUGUUUGUUCUCCCAGGUUGAGAAUAGAACACUAACUAUGAUUACAUUUCAUUUUCUUUUGACCGUUGGAGUCUUUUGUUGGAUAUACUUCUUAUGGAAUCGACGAAGAUACUAUAAGCUGCUACUGGAGCUACCAGGACCAAUGGGUCUUCCAAUUUUGGGCAUGGCAUUGGAUUACUUCGUGCUCUUUAAACGUAAAAUUAAAAUACGAACCAAUUAUAUGGACAGGUAUGGCUCUACAUGUCUGACUUGGGUAGGCCCAAUGCCGUUUAUCAUAACACGGGAUCCCAAGAUUGCCGAGGAAGUACUUAUGUCCUCGGAUUGCCUCAAUAGGAGUUCGCAGUUCACCAUUCCAUUUGCCGGUGCUGGAGGAGAUGGCUUGCUAACCCUACAAGGUCACAAGUGGGCUGAACGUCGCAAGCAGCUUAAUCCCACAUUCAAGCACAAUACCCUGCUGAGCUUCCUUCCCAUUUUCAAUGCCGAGACAAAGGCAUUGGUGUCCUUCCUGGACUCAUAUGUUGGUCAGGGAGAAAAGCUGGUCAGAUCGGAUAUAGUCAGAUGGUCGUUUAGAAUAGCCACUCAAACAACAGUGGGAUCUGAUGUGAAGCAAGAAGAAGCCUUUAAGAACGAUUCAAUUUUGAGGAGUUAUGAGACGCUCUUGCAUAUGUUCACCAUGAAUGUUAUUUUACCUUUUACUCACAACAAAAUAGUUUCAACGCUGUUCGGAUUUGAACACAAAAAAGUAGAGGCCGCAAAUAAAAUUAUCACUAUGGUAGACAAGAUCAUCCACAAGAAGUUAAAUAUAAAGCCAGAAAUCGGUGAUAGUAGCUCCGUAAUCAAUAAGGCAAUUGAACUCCAUCGCAAUGGAGAGAUUCCUUUUGAACUGGUGAGAGGUGAAUGUGCUGCCAUGGUGGCCGCUGCCUUCGAGACAACUGGUCUUACGGUCUACCAUACCCUCACUCUGCUAGCCAUGUUCCCCGAGUACCAGGAAACGGUUUAUGAAGAGCUCAAAGACCUCUUCCCAACGACCGGUGACUUCGAUGUCACCUACGAUGAUCUCCAAAAAAUGGUCUACCUGGAGCGAGUGUUGAGUGAGACCUUGCGAUUGAUACCAUCCGUGCCGAUUUCUCCGCGGGAACCGACGCAGGACUUCCGGCUGUCCAGUGGAGUAGUCAUUCCCAAAGGAGUCACAAUUGGCAUCGAUAUAUUCAACAUCCAUCGCAACGUGGAUCAUUGGGGUCCCAACGCAGGCCAGUUCAACCCAGAUAACUUCCUGCCGGACAAUAUUCGCGAAAGGCAUCCAUACGCCUAUAUUCCAUUCUCAAAGGGAAGAAGAAAUUGUAUAGGUUGGAAAUAUGGUUUGAUGUCUUCUAAGCUUGCUUUAUCCAAGAUACUUAGAAACUACAAAGUCACCACGUCUUUCCGAUACGAGGACCUCGAUUUCUGUGACAAUGUGGGAAUGGAGCUGUCGCAACCGCCUUCUUUAGAAUUUCAUCGAAGGACCUAAAGCAAAAACAAUUAUCAACAUUAUUUGUUAUAAAAAAAACUAUAUCAGAAUAUUUUAGAUUUUAACUCUAGAAUAUCUCUUGAUGG